AAUUAAGGUUGUGAUAAAUAAAAUUUAUGUAAGAGUAAACUAUUACACUAUUACUUCAUUAUAAAGGAAUUUUCUUCGGCCGAGGAAGAUAAGAACACUAAAAUUAGUGUUGUGCCAAUGCCGCAGUAUAUGGUGCAAAUAUUUUGAUAUAUAAUUAGACACAUGAGCAAUAAUUGUGGAAAAGCUUUAUCUAAUCAAAAUUGAAAAAGUACCCAAAACAUUUCCCAUUUAUUCAGUGAUCUCAGUUUGUGGCUUCUUCGAUAUGCAUGCUGCUAUGAUGGUGCAGAAUAAUUACGGUGGCAAGUUCAGUAAUAAUGAACAACAACAAGAUCUUUCCAAUAUUGAUGCAGUUAAUGGUGACAAACCCACUUAUGCGUUGGAACACUUAGCCACUUUUAAAGUAAAACAUGAAUCCGAGAUACACAACCCAAAGGAAAAGUUAAAGAUUCUGAUGAAGUUGGAUGAGUCUGGAGCCAUUUGGCCACAGAAAAUGUUUAUGUCCUUUAGUGGACAAUGGCUGGUAAUGUUGGACUGUGAAAUGAAGGAAAUUGAAAAUUUCCCAGGUUCGCUCAUAAAAGAACCAAUGGCAUUCAUCAGUGAGGAUCCAUUAGAGAUUUACAAUAAUAUACUCGUAUUCACAGUACCAGGUGUAUCUUUGGGGACAACGGAAAUGCACUUUUUUCAGGUGACGAAUGUAUCGUCUAAACAUUUAGUUGAGGACUUAAAACAGCUAAGCACUGGCAAAGCAGUAACGAUUGAUCGAAACUUGACACCCAUUAAAGUACCGAAGCCGGAAAAGCACUCCCAUAAUACUCGCGAUCAAUACGGUAUUGCCGUAGCUGCCGCUGAAGUGGCGGCAGAAAAAAAUGCUCAUGACGCUGAGCAAAGCUUACGAGACAUCCAGGUCCUGAAUCAUUGUUUUGAAGACAUCGAAAGAUUUGUUGCACGCCUACAAUAUGCUGCGGAGGCACUACGAGAAUUAGAACUACGUCAUAAUGAUCACAAUCCACAUGGAGAAGGACUGCUGGUAUUACGGUCACGGCCACCCAUAGAAAGCGAGUUUUAUGACAUUUUCGCCAAAGUUAAACUGGCUAUAAACUAUGUGGUUAGGCUAAAUAAUCAUUUCUCUAAUGGCACGGAACCGAUUUCGGAUCUAUUCAUAUCGUUGCGUACCAUUGUGAAUGUUUGUAAUGAUGUACACGUCGGUGUUAAUAUACCCGAUAAUGUUGUUAAUCCACUGCUGCGACGUGAAACUGUACAAUUUCUAUCUGGUUGUUUAAAUGCCUCGGACACUGAUUUCUGGCGAUCAUUAGGAAAAAAUUGGACCACACCAAAGGAAUAUUUUAAAGAUCAUAAAGGAACUUAUCACCCAAUUUUCUACGACGAUUGGUCACCGGAUUGGAUAGUUGACGAAGAAGUUACUUACAUACCGCCGCCAAAUCCGAACUCGCCAGUGACUCCACGGAUUUUAGCAAGUAAUGCUGUUUGGCUAUCGCGUUUGCAAUCAAGAAACGUGAAAAUUGCAGAAGUGGUUUAUAAUAACAAAGCAAAUAACGAUAAGGAGUUGAACGUCACAAUCGGAGAAUACCUUGAGGUUAUCGAUGAUACACGCAAUUGGUGGAAGGUCAGAAACUCAGCGGGUAAUGUAGGUUAUGUUCCGCACACAGUCCUUAAGGCGCAUAACUUUGAAGUGCAUUCCAAUUACUCUAUGAGGGAUACGGACUCUAUUGUGUCAUCUUUGCACGAAACAGAAGCAGUCAAUGGGAAUCAAAAUAAUGCGAACAACAUGUAUCGAAACACACUAACUCCUUUUGUUGAUGCACCAGAACGCGAAUCGAUGUCUUCAACAAAUGUAUCAAAAUCUAUGCCGCGCUCUUACAGCAUGCCAAAUGUUCCGAUUCCACCGCCUAUGCCUCCUCCGACAGAUAGUGAGACACCGACCCCAACUGGUACCCUCAAGCGGAAUAUGGCUGCCGCUGGCAGUUUGGCAGCAAUGAGAGCUCGCAAUGACAAUGAAGACGAGUUGUUAAUGUUGCAAGGGACAAUUAAUGAGGAAUUGAGAGCAACACUAUAUCAGCGAGAACGACGCAAAGAUCUUGAAAUAUUAACAACGCCUAAUAUAUACAUAAACCAGUAUUCGUCACCAAAGGAAGUUGAGGAAUGGCUACGUGCUAAAGGUUUCCCAAAUGUUAUAGUGGCAAAGUUGAGCAAAUUAAAUGGAGAGGAACUAUUUGCACUUUCACCACAUGUCAUAGAGGGAUAUUUCGGCCAAAAAGAGAGUAGACGUUUAAUUUCUCAAAUAGUUCUUCAGAAAAACAUCUGUGAAUACAAAACGAUUCGUUCUUCUGAGUUAUCGGCAAAAUUAGCGAAAGCUCGUCAAAAAGCGGACCAGCAGGGCAACGAUCCAAAUGAGGUAUUCUAAUUAAGUGUAUAUUAUGCAUUUUCUACGGUUUAAAUGCGUUGAGAAUUUUCACACGUAUUUAUCGUCAGUAAUCGUUUCCAACUUCUUUUCCUUAGUUUUAGUAGAAAAUGCCAAGCAAAUCCCAGGCUAAAAUACGAUUCUCUUACUGGUAGCAUACUGCAAAUUUGAUGAAACCUUAUCUUAUAAAUGCUUUAAAUCUUAUAACAUGUAACUCUAUCAUUUUAUAACAUAUACUUACAUACAUAUGUACGAGUAUAUAUGAAGUGACAAGUACUAAUUGCACUUUUUAUUAAAUAUAAUAUUAUUUUCAUCUACAAUUAUUUUA